AUGUUCAAAUAUUCAAAAAAAUUUAAAAAAAUCUGUGCAUCAAGAAAACAAUUAAAACCUGAGGAAGAAGAAUUUUAUCAAUUUCAUCAUAUAACUAUUCAAUGUCCAUCAAAAGCUUUUGAUCAAUGCACUCAAAUUAUUGAUUUAUCACAAAAUUUAUCUUCAAAUUUAUUAUCUGAACAUAGUUUAAAUAAUAAAUUAGAUUCUUUAUCAAAUAUUCGAAUAACUUUUGAAUUUAUUUUAAAUUGUUCAAAUGAUAAUAAAGAUAAUAGUGCUUGCAAAUAG